AUGGCAGAGUCAACUGCAGCGACAGACUUCACAAAUGCCUCAAUUGCUUUUAUCAGUCGGCAUGCGGCGACGCGCGAUGUCGAAAGUUCGGAGGCCCUGCGGGCUAUUGCCAUGAAGAAGAAUGGGAAGAAGAACGGGGAGGCCGAUGACGGUCGUGGGUUUCGGCUACUGCGCCGCCAGCACCAUGCAACGAUCGGUAGUGGAAGGAACACCAGGCUCUGCGGUUGGCAGUACAUUAUCCGUCACAGAGACGACGAUAUCAUUCAAGCCGUCAGAGACGCAGUCGCACCGCAGCUCCACCAGCAGCAAAACACGAACAUGUACUACGAUGCGUAUGACAAAAAGGGCAGGGACGCUUCUGAAAAAAAGGGACCAUCUAACACUCCAAAG